AUGACACCACCAUCAAACAUCCGCAUCCCAACCGAGGCCGACUUUGCGCCCCUCGCCGAGUCGGGCCUGCACGUCCAACUCCACUUCCCCACCCCGCCCGAGUCCACCACCGCCAUACUGGUGCUCUUCCACGGGCUGGGCGACAACGAGGCGCCGUACGCGGGGUUCGCGCGGGGCAUGGCCCUACCGGGUGUUCUGUCCGUCGCCGUGCGCGGCACGUCUCCCUUGCCGCCGGCGAUGCUCGGCCUGCCGCUCGACUCGGGACCGACCAACCACUUCCACUACGGGGACGACAUCAAGGUCGGCAGCGGCGACGGCCUGGACCCGGAUCCGGGCUUCGACAAGGCCAGGCGCGUGCUGCUCGACAAGCUGGUCGGCGACGUCAUCGUCGGCCGCUGCGGCUGGGACCUGGCCGACGUGCUGCUGUUUGGCUUCGGGCAGGGCGGUAGCCUGGCGCUCGGGUUGGCGUCGAGCGUCAGGAUGGGGCCCGAGGUCGUCGACGUCACACAAGGCGAUGAUGGUGAUGAUGAUGAUGAUGAUGGUGGUGGUGCUGGCGGCACCCGCGGCAGAGGCUCCGCCUUCAAGGGCGUCAUCUCGGUCGGCGGCCCUCUCCCGCAGUCCAUGGUGCCGACCGUUAGCAACAGGCCCAAGGCCUCGACGCCUGUGCUUCUGUGCCGUGGUCGGGAGAGCGAGGACCUUGACGAUGACGCCGUCGAGGUGGUCAAGAAGGAGUUUGACAACGUCGAGGUGGCGACGUGGAAGAAGCCUCACGAUGGAAUGCCUGAGAGUAGGGAUGAGAUACUGCCCAUCAUGAAGUUCUUUGCCGAUCGGCUGCGGAUAGAGAACAGGUGA